AUGAACAAGAUGAUGAGCAAAAAUGACAAGACAGAUCCAGCUGCUGCCUCCGCUGGGCCGAAUACGGGUCCAGAGGAAGGUGCUGCGAAUGGUCAGAAGCAGGGGGUGCAGCGAGACGGCGUACAGAUUCUUGCUGCUAAAGAUGCCCCCGAAGAUGGUCUUGUUCCUUCAUCUUGUCAACACACGACGCGUGUGGAGGUUGCCACUGCGCCCGUCCCGGGAACCAGAACUACUGACUUUGACGCGGAACACGGAAGUAAUGAAAGUCUCGUCGAGACGACGAGACUGUCCUCACAGGACGAGCAGGACGCACUUUUUCGCAAAGUGAUGACUGAUACUGGCGGUUUGUACAAGGACCUGGCGAGCUGGUUGAAGCCCAGUCCACCCGAAACUGUGGACGACUUGGACAAAAUGCUGGAGAGUUAUCGCCGAGGAACAGCGAACCAAACCCAGUUGCGGCAGGGCGCCCCCACUUCCUCCUCCACUUCGUCCGCGGCAACGCCCCCGACAGCAAUCCAUAACGUUCGCGCCCCACCAUCGGCUUCGUCAUCUGGUUCAGCAGCUGGUGGUUGCGCACCUAGUGCUAAUACAAAUACUGUUCCUCCGCAUAUGAUCAAAGUACCAUCUUCUACGGGCGAGGUGGUCGCGGUGGGCGAAGGCAACGACCUCAUUGGUUCUGCUCAAAAAACACAAUCUCACUUUUCGUCGCGGGCUUUAAGUACCCAAACCGUGACUGCGUCCUUGUCUGGAGGGAAAGCACAAAUCUUCUCCGAGACCUCGAUCGUGAGCAACGAGUCGCCUUUUGCUAUUUUUCCCGCAACAGCUGCAGCAACAGGAGGAUCGGGGCUGCUCUUUUCAACUGCUUCUUCUAGUGCGGGGGCGACCGGAGCUGGAGCUGCAAGUAGUUCUCAACAAACGACCUUGACUUCGAAAGAGCCACUGUCUUCAUUUUCUUGUUCUGUCCUAGCACCAGAUCAAAGCAGUACCUCCGGCUUACAGUUACAACAGCCCGCACAGUCUACAACGAGAUCAAAUCCAGCAUCGCCGGCGGGAAGCUCUUCUUCGUGUGAACGAGCAAGAAACGGUGCGAUAGAUGAAAAUGAAAUUGUAAUGGAUGCAGCUGCGGCUGAAGUACAAGCACCCAACAACAAGCGCUUUCGAUGGAAGUACAAUAGCAUUUCGCCGGACGACGACGAAGAUGCUUCUGUCGCAGUGGCGCCCGCACUUGCUGCAGGAACAGGAGCUUCUUCAGACCUUCAACCGGCGCAGCUGCGCGUCGACAUAUCAUCCACGAUCAUGGGGAACCAGGUAUAAUUUCUAUCUGUGGUUGUGAAGCAUGGCCAUGAGUAUGAAAGAGGAAAUAAAGUACACGAAAAUGAUGAAUAUAAAUAUCAAUAUGCAUAUUUUCUUCAUCCUACAUCUGAGUGUCGUGUAAGUAGCGUGUUUUCCUGUUCUCCUUUUUGCCACAAUAAAGAUCUAAUGAAUAAAUGAACUCUCUCUACCGUUGUAGGGCGGGUCGCCGUCGCAGUCCGGUAGACAAGCACAAGAUCACGGCGCGCAAAAAUUGGGAAACGCGACGAACAUCGACGCAAAGCAAAAAAAAAAUGCUUACGCGCAAAACCCCGAUGUAAAAGAUGAAGUGGCUGCUGAUCGUGGCGAGGGUACUAUCGCAAAGAAAGGCAUUGAUGUAGCGCCCGUGCGUCUACUAGGCCUUGGUGGCGAGGAGAGCGAGAGCCAGCAUCUGGAUCUCGCGGACAAGGAUGAAACGAAAUUGCAAAUGGGUAGCAGUAUAGGAUGAAUGCGAUAUUUUGAUUUUGUUUUGUUCGCAAUAUUAUACGCUGUGAAUAAUCAGUAUCAGACUAUCACGAAAUUGAAAAAAAGUAAAAGGAUACAUGAUAAUAUGCAUAUAAUUUAUUUCAUCGCCGGAAGUGGCGCUCUUCGAAGUCGAAUAUCAUAAACCUGUUAUGGUGAGGACCUGUGGCUUUCCGUGUUCGCCUGCCAUAGUUUGUUCAUGCCAUCUGUUGCUCCACGCCGCUGUUGCGGCUCCGCGUCGCACAAAGCCAGCCUGUACCCGGCGGUGGGGUACGAAACCUCCUGGCAGUGGGGGGCGGGGGGCACGAAGUGUGGCAGUGGGCGCACGAAUCUGGCAGUGGUAACGCGCAGCCUCCUCCUCGUGCCCCCAUUGCCGGCCAGGAGGCAGUGUGGGCGCGGAUCUGGCAGUCGGGGGCCGAAGCUGGAAGUGGGGAUACGGAGCACAGCGGGAUUGGGGACAUGGCGGCCAGAUAGGAGUGGGGGCACGGUGCCCCGCAGGGAGUGGGGACACGGCUUCCAGCUGGGAGUGCGUGGGGACACGGUGCCCACCUGAGAGUGGGGACACGGCGCCCAGCUAGGAGUGGGGACACGGGGGAAGCCGGGAUGGGGACACGGCGCCCAGCUGGGAGUGGGGACACGGCGGAAACCGGGAUGAGGACACGGCGCCCAGCUGGGAGUUGUGGGGACACGGCACGGCGAGUGGGGACACCACGGCCGUGGUGUCCCCACUGGCCGUGGUGUCCCCACUCGUCGUGGUGUCCCCGCUCGUCGUGGUGUCCCCACUGGCCGUGGUGUCCCCACUCGUCGUGGUGUCCCCACUCGUCGUGGUGUCCCCACUGGCCGUGGUGUCCCCACUCGUCGUGGUGUCCCCACUCGUCGUGGUGUCCCCACUGGCCGUGGUGUCCCCACUGGCCGUGGUGUCCCCACUCGUCGUGGUGUCCCCACUCGUCGUGGUGUCCCCACUGGCCGUGGUGUCCCCACUGGCCGUGGUGUCCCCACUCGUCGUGGUGUCCCCACUCGUCGUGGUGUCCCCACUGGCCGUGGUGUCCCCACUGGCCGUGGUGUCCCCACUCGUCGUGGUGUCCCCACUCGUCGUGGUGUCCCCACUGGCCGUGGUGUCCCCACUGGCCGUGGUGUCCCCACUCGUCGUGGUGUCCCCACUCGUCGUGGUGUCCCCACUGGCCGUGGUGUCCCCACUGGCCGUGGUGUCCCCACUCGUCGUGGUGUCCCCACUCGUCGUGGUGUCCCCACUGGCCGUGGUGUCCCCACUGGCCGUGGUGUCCCCACUCGUCGUGGUGUCCCCACUCGUCGUGGUGUCCCCACUGGCCGUGGUGUCCCCACUGGCCGUGGUGUCCCCACUCGUCGUGGUGUCCCCACUCGUCGUGGUGUCCCCACUGGCCGUGGUGUCCCCACUGGCCGUGGUGUCCCCACUCGUCGUGGUGUCCCCACUCGUCGUGGUGUCCCCACUGGCCGUGGUGUCCCCACUCGCCGUGGUGUCCCCACUCGUCGUGGUGUCCCCACUCGUCGUGGUGUCCCCACUGGCCGUGGUGUCCCCACUGGCCGUGGUGUCCCCACUCGUCGUGGUGUCCCCACUCGUCGUGGUGUCCCCACUGGCCGUGGUGUCCCCACUCGCCGUGGUGUCCCCACUCGUCGUGGUGUCCCCACUGGCCGUGGUGUCCCCACUGGCCGUGGUGUCCCCACUCGUCGUGGUGUCCCCACUCGUCGUGGUGUCCCCACUGGCCGUGGUGUCCCCACUGGCCGUGGUGUCCCCACUCGUCGUGGUGUCCCCACUCGUCGUGGUGUCCCCACUGGCCGUGGUGUCCCCACUGGCCGUGGUGUCCCCACUCGUCGUGGUGUCCCCACUCGUCGUGGUGUCCCCACUGGCCGUGGUGUCCCCACUGGCCGUGGUGUCCCCACUCGUCGUGGUGUCCCCACUCGUCGUGGUGUCCCCACUGGCCGUGGUGUCCCCACUGGCCGUGGUGUCCCCACUCGUCGUGGUGUCCCCACUCGUCGUGGUGUCCCCACUGGCCGUGGUGUCCCCACUGGCCGUGGUGUCCCCACUCGUCGUGGUGUCCCCACUCGUCGUGGUGUCCCCACUGGCCGUGGUGUCCCCACUGGCCGUGGUGUCCCCACUCGUCGUGGUGUCCCCACUCGUCGUGGUGUCCCCACUGGCCGUGGUGUCCCCACUGGCCGUGGUGUCCCCACUCGUCGUGGUGUCCCCACUCGUCGUGGUGUCCCCACUGGCCGUGGUGUCCCCACUGGCCGUGGUGUCCCCACUCGUCGUGGUGUCCCCACUCGUCGUGGUGUCCCCACUGGCCGUGGUGUCCCCACUGGCCGUGGUGUCCCCACUCGUCGUGGUGUCCCCACUCGUCGUGGUGUCCCCACUGGCCGUGGUGUCCCCACUGGCCGUGGUGUCCCCACUCGUCGUGGUGUCCCCACUCGUCGUGGUGUCCCCACUGGCCGUGGUGUCCCCACUGGCCGUGGUGUCCCCACUCGUCGUGGUGUCCCCACUCGUCGUGGUGUCCCCACUGGCCGUGGUGUCCCCACUGGCCGUGGUGUCCCCACUCGUCGUGGUGUCCCCACUCGUCGUGGUGUCCCCACUGGCCGUGGUGUCCCCACUGGCCGUGGUGUCCCCACUCGUCGUGGUGUCCCCACUCGUCGUGGUGUCCCCACUGGCCGUGGUGUCCCCACUGGCCGUGGUGUCCCCACUCGUCGUGGUGUCCCCACUCGUCGUGGUGUCCCCACUGGCCGUGGUGUCCCCACUGGCCGUGGUGUCCCCACUCGUCGUGGUGUCCCCACUCGUCGUGGUGUCCCCACUGGCCGUGGUGUCCCCACUGGCCGUGGUGUCCCCACUCGUCGUGGUGUCCCCACUCGUCGUGGUGUCCCCACUGGCCGUGGUGUCCCCACUGGCCGUGGUGUCCCCACUCGUCGUGGUGUCCCCACUCGUCGUGGUGUCCCCACUGGCCGUGGUGUCCCCACUGGCCGUGGUGUCCCCACUCGUCGUGGUGUCCCCACUCGUCGUGGUGUCCCCACUGGCCGUGGUGUCCCCACUGGCCGUGGUGUCCCCACUCGUCGUGGUGUCCCCACUCGUCGUGGUGUCCCCACUGGCCGUGGUGUCCCCACUGGCCGUGGUGUCCCCACUCGUCGUGGUGUCCCCACUCGUCGUGGUGUCCCCACUGGCCGUGGUGUCCCCACUGGCCGUGGUGUCCCCACUCGUCGUGGUGUCCCCACUCGUCGUGGUGUCCCCACUGGCCGUGGUGUCCCCACUGGCCGUGGUGUCCCCACUCGUCGUGGUGUCCCCACUCGUCGUGGUGUCCCCACUGGCCGUGGUGUCCCCACUGGCCGUGGUGUCCCCACUCGUCGUGGUGUCCCCACUCGUCGUGGUGUCCCCACUGGCCGUGGUGUCCCCACUGGCCGUGGUGUCCCCACUCGUCGUGGUGUCCCCACUCGUCGUGGUGUCCCCACUGGCCGUGGUGUCCCCACUGGCCGUGGUGUCCCCACUCGUCGUGGUGUCCCCACUCGUCGUGGUGUCCCCACUGGCCGUGGUGUCCCCACUCGUCGUCGUGUCCCCAGACGCGUCGUCGUGUCCCCACUCGUCGACGUGUCCCCACUCGUCGUGGUGUCCCCACUGGCCGUGUCCCCACACGGCCAAUGGGGACACGGCCACCUAGUGGGGACACGGCCAGUGGGGACACGGGCACCCAGUGGGGACACGGCGAGUGGGGACACGGCCACCCAGUGGGGACACGGCGAGUGGGGACACGGCCACCUAGUGGGGACACGGCGAGUGGGGACACGACCACCUAGUGGGGAGACGGGCGGCCAGUGGGGACAUGGCGAGUGGGGAAAGAACCUAGUAGGCAAUCAUAGACCAGAGCAGGGACGCGCCGCAAGAUCAUUGGCUGGCCUCUCAACUCAUUGCAAAUACACUCGCCACGACCAGCAGCGUCGGUAUCGGAUUCGGAAACAGAACUGCCUAUACAUCUCCAGGGCCGGCCGCCGCUAGUCUUCAGGGUGUUGACAGCAAGAACGAGGAGAAGCCAGGCCAGGGGGCGGGCAAAAAGGGUGGCGCCGACGUGGAAGUGGCAGGCGAAGACGCUGAAUCGAGGAAAAAAAGGCUCGCGCAGGAAAGAGAAGAGCGGAAAAAAAGCAGAAAAAAAGAAAAGCGCGCAGACAUGACACCAGCACAAAGGGCUGAGGCGAAUGAGCUGCGCAGGGAGAAGAGGAAGAAGCGAAGAGACGACGAGCUGGCGACUAAUCGGGCAGCGCGAGCAAGAAAAGAAGGCGGCGUCGCGAGUGUCGCCAAAGACAAGGACAACGCGCCGGGCCCGGGCAACGGGGGCGACGCACCUCAGUGACAAGGAGACAAAGAUGCGAGCGCGACCAUAUCAUGUACAUACUUACUGAUCCUCGACCACUCACGAAGGCGAAAGCGGUCUCCAAGUCGGAAAACUCAUACUCUUCGUGCUAGAUUAGUAGUUGCACUUGCUCGUCUGCGUCUACAGCUGCGCGUAUUGUAUUUGCAAGCUCCCACCAAUCUGUAGCAUGCUAACAUCAGCAGCAUCAACUUUUUAAAUAUUUCUAGAGGACGAGCCUUGUCCUCGGAUUUUACUCGCUGUACACGAGCUUCCGGUCUUACACUUGGCUGUGGCAUUGCGCAUAUUUCAUAUAGCAAUCUAAUAGAACCACGAGGAGAGACCAGACCAGUAGUUGCAAAUACUGGGGCGACUGUAAUUUGCCGCCGGUCCAGCGACACAACGCCAUCACCAGUAUCGAAAGAUCAGCAUGGUUUUGUUGCAUUUUUUUUUUCGAGAACAAACACGUUUAAGUACACCGGCAGUGCCAGUCCUGCAGAAUGCACAGGAGCAAAAUCCUCCAUACUUUCGCAUACUUCUUUAUUUUUCUUGCUUUUUCUUUCAUCGAGGCCCGCGAGCUAUCAGCGUCAUUCUUUUUUUUUUUGGAGUUUUGAGCAGGUUCGACGACGACUAAGACUAUGAGGAACUGAAAAAGUACUAGAAGUGUGACAAUCACACUAACAUGAAACCGGAAAUGAAUAUUCGACAUUGGAUUAGCAUCGAUUCUUCGAAAAGUCAUCACGAACACGAGUGGCCAGGGCAAGGCGAGGACUUGCCUCUCGCUCGCGCGUCACACGACACGAGUCCGCGACAACCGAGACAACACGGUGCAGAUUUGCAUUCCAAGAAUUUUUUCCAGACCACGGUGUUGCUCCAUAGACAGCGACUUUCUCAGUUUCACGACGUAAGAGGACGUGUUUUAUCUUCCUUUGCGCUCUUUUCUUACCGAG